UUCAUCACUUGCCACUCACAACUACAACAUGGAUAAAAAACCAGACAAAACCGAAGAAAGAGAAAAUAAGCCAACUGAAAAGGCUCAACAGGAAAAGUCUCUUGAGAAAUUAGGGGCCAUUCCAAAAAAACUCUAUGAUAAAAAAGGGAAAGAUUCCAAAUCAGCUUGUAAGAAUAACAAAGGCCAAGCUGCUUCAGAUGAACCUGAUUCAACGGUUGAGGAGUAUUUCAGUGACGAUGAAGAAAUGGAAUUGUCAGAGUCUCAACAUCACCCACUGUUGAAGAAACAACGUGCUGUUAAGGUCACCUAUGAAUUUGCUCAAGGUCCAACAACAUCAGCUGAGGAGCAGUCAGAGGGGGCAACCGCAGACCCCGUGGUUCCUGAAGACGAAUAUUUUGAGCCAUCUGAAUUGUGUUUAAUGCUCGAAACUAGAUGCUUGGUUUUCAAAGGGAUGUUUGAUAAGCAUGUGACUGAGGAGGAGAGACAAACGAUUGAUGAACUUUACUCUGGAAGGAAUCUGAAAGUGGUGAUCAGCAAGAGCGCAGCAUCCGUUCAUCUUUGCAACAGGAGCCAGGUGUGGAUGGAGUUGUGGUGGGGAGUACCACUCCUCGUCCUGUCAAUGGAGUACGACACUCCAGAGUUGUGGAUCAUCAUCGCUGAACGAUCCACAGGGCUUUUACUGUGCAAGGAUACCAUCAGUUGGCGGUCUGGAUACACACGGGAGAACACCACCUACCACGUGAUGGAGAUUUGCAACAAGCAUUCUUCCAAGAUGGCGCUUAACUUUGAGACUGAAGACGCCGCAGCAGACUUCUCAUUGAAUGUCAGUCUCUUUUUGUCUAAACUGGAGAACAUGAAUGUUUGCCCGGCCAAGUGCUGCGUAAAUAAGUGGUUGGAAAACAGUUCGGAUGAAGACAAGCGUUGCACUCCUUGCUGCUUGUUUCAGCUUCUCAUCAUGAGCGAAGAAGAUUACCAUCGUUACCUCGCAUACCAUCGGUACUUCGAGCCCCGGGUGCUCAACAGGGGUGGUUUUGGUGGCGACUGGUAGAUUCUUAAAAUAAGUCUUCCUCUGGAAAAGCAAUCCUCUGAAAAAUCAAUGGAGCGUACGUCAUUGUAAUUUGAUACACAUAUUUUUUUGCAUGAUAAGUUUGGUAGGCAAGAAUUUAGGAAUGGAAUUAAAUUCCCUUGAAAGGUUUUUUGGUCUUGAGUAUUUUUAGAUUGAUUGUAAGAUACAUUUUACACCGUACUAAGAAUUCUAACACAUUAUUACAACUUUGUCCCGAAAUAGCCAAUACAUGCAUUUAUAUUAAUUCUUUGUCAUCAGUUAUUUAUUAAAAAACAAGAAAAUAUUUUAUUUUGUCUCUAAGAUAAAAUAAAUUAUAGAAUCAAAUACAACUUGAAUAUAAUGGUUUCCUGAUCAAAGUAAAUACAGUACAGAGGCUAUUGUCAAAAUUAAAGAUACAAGCAAACAUUUAAUUACAAGACGCGGUUCAUUUAUAACCUCUCAACAAACAGCUUAUUAUUAAGUAACAUCCUGUAGAGUGUAUUUUAGCAAAAAUACCGAGAUUCUUGGAAGGAGAUUAAACCGAACUACUCCCAAAACAAGGUCGGUUAAAGUAAUAUUUUAAGAGCGAGGGCGGAUAAUGUGAGGUCGUUUACUAGGAGAUCUCCUGUAAUACCACCAGCGUUUUGAAUGAAGGCCAGAGGAUUUUUUUGCAGCAAGGUAAUAAACUUGACAACGUUAUGCCGGUUGCCUAAGAAUUACAUUUACUGUAGUUGUUUUUAGUCUAUUAUCUAGAGGCAUUCUAUUGUUUAAGAAUUAUCUAUUUUUACUAUGUUUUAAAUAUGCUUUAUUUACAGCUUAUCAUUCACAUUACCUCAAACAUCACUUAACAGACAUCACAAUUAAGCAUCACCUUACAAUUGUUGUAUUAAUAAGCUAUAUUU